CCGAGUUGGACGGUUCAGGUUUUGCGCGGUUCUCCCCACAGUGGUUACACUGCUCUGGACCCGGUUGGCUGGAAGGUAUCCCCUGGAAGGAUAGUGCCGUCUCGUUUCUGUGGACCUGAAGAAGUUGGGGGGUCCUACUCGCGUAGUCGCGGUUGUACAUAAGGAACGGAAUCGACGUAACACAGUACAUAAGAGCCGUGAGGAUUCCGUGAGGUGCCGUGAUUUUGGUUGUUACAUAAGGACCGCGUCCAUUGACUGCAGCAGGCAGCUCCGGCAGUAGUGUUGUGGGGGCAGCAGAGGCAGUAGUAGUUGUGUGGAAGAACAAGGAGCGGGACUGGGCCAGCAGAACCCGUCCGAAGGAACAGAAACAUAAUAAUCACAUGACACGAAGCACUGGGUAGUGUUCGGUCUAGUGGUGGUGGUCAAGAAAAAGGAGUUCAAGUAGCGGGCCGAAAGUGUGUUAAUGAGAUGUUCGCGCGGACCUACCAUGAGCAGUUCUCGACGGCAGUGUGGCCAUUUCAGUAGAGAUUGUGCAAGAGAAUGGUCGUGUUCGUCGACUUUUCCUUCCAGAACCCAAAGGAUUGGGGGAAGAAAAUCAGCACAGCAGUUAAGUGUGUUGAGAAAUUGAUUUUUGCUGCUGCAAAGUUGUUUUGUAAAUAGUGUCUGUAAAUAGUUCCAGUUGAAAACAAUCUUCGUAGAUCAGUGCCGCGUGGAUUUGGCAAACUCAGAGCCCUUUAAGGAUAGCUGUGUUGUGCCGUGUGGGUUGUUGGAAGCAUCGAUUUUUCAUGUGCCGUGGAUUGAUUUUUACUGCAACCUAGAAAACAAAAAAACGGGAAAACAACCGAAAACUCAGUUUUCCCUGAGUGGAUUCGCGCAAUGGAAGCAAUACCGAUGAUGUCCUCCGACAGUGUAGAUAGUUAUGGUCACCUCGAGGAAGCAUGGUGAAAGUGACCUGCCGUAAAGAUAACCGGUGCUAGAGGAAGAAUCGUUCACAAGAACUAUGGAUAAGUCGAAGAAGCCCCCGCCAACGGCGGGUGGCACCGCAGGAGGAACCGGUGCUCCGGGUGGCAAGAAACCCGGCGGACCCGGAGCGGCUGGCAAGGGGCCACCGAAAAGCACCAGUGAUAGUGACGCACCGGGAGCCACCACCAAGGCAGAAGCGGAUUCCGGUGCUGGUGCGGCCGCCUCAGGCAGCACCAAGGAGGACGCCACUUCCGCUGGUGCAAAUGGCGACAAAAAAACGGAUAAGGCUGACCCUGAGCAACCGUCGCAGCCAUCGAAGCCCGGCAGUGCCGGGGCGACGGUCCGCGACGGUGCCCAGAAAGUGCUUACCCUGGCCAUGAAGAGCGAGUGGGCUCCCGUUGAAGCUGUGCUGAAAGGCUUGGAGAAGGCGGUGGCGGCCGGCGGUGACGAUGCCAACCUGACCCCGCUCGCAGGGGUGAUGGAUCCGGCCACCGGAAUGACACCACUAAUGUAUGCCGUCAAGGAUAACCGGACACCAAUCUUAGAUAGGCUUAUAGAACUUGGAUCUGAUGUCGGAGCUAGAAAUAACGACAAUUACAAUGUGAUACAUAUUGCUUCCAUGUUCUCUAGAGAGGAUGUAGUUAAAUUACUUUUAAAUAAGCGUGGCGUCGACCCAUACUCGAUGGGAGGGUCACGGCAACAAACGGCUGUUCACUUGGUAGCUAGUAGACAAACCGGCACUGCAACCGCCAUUUUACGGGCUCUGUUGACGGCGGCCGGUAAGGAUAUUCGAGCAAAGACUGACGGUAAAGGCAAAAUACCACUCCUGCUUGCUGUCGAGGCUGGUAACCAGUCUAUGUGCAGGGAGCUCCUUUCGGCACAAACGGCAGAUCAACUGAAGGCCACGACCAACAAUGGUGACACGGCACUGCACCUGGCCGCCCGACGGAAAGACGUCGAGAUGGCCCGGAUCCUGGUCGAUUACGGUGCCAAUGUGGAUCUCCAGAACGGCGACGGACAGACGGCGCUGCAUAUAGCGGCGGCCGAAGGCGACGAGGCGAUGGUCAAGUACUUCUACACCGUGCGUGCGUCCGCGUCCAUAAUCGAUAAUCAAGAUCGAACCCCGAUGCAUCUCGCGGCGGAGAACGGUCACGCGUCAAUCAUCGAAAUCCUAGCGGACAAAUUCCGCGCCAGCAUCUACGAGCGUACAAAGGACGGAAGUACGCUGAUGCACAUCGCUUCGUUGAACGGCCACGCCGAGUGCGCGACGACGCUGUUCAAGAAGGGCGUCUACCUGCACAUGCCGAACAAGGGAGGCGCCCGGUCGAUCCACACCGCGGCCAAGUACGGCCACGUGGGCAUCAUCAGCACCCUGCUGAACAAGGGCGAGCGGGUGGACGUGCCCACCAAUGAUAACUACACUGCCCUCCACAUAGCUGUUCAAUCCGCCAAGCCGGCGGUCGUCGAGACGUUGUUGGGGUUUGGUGCCGAGGUGCACGUCCGAGGAGGCAAGCUGCGCGAAACGCCCCUGCACAUUGCGGCCCGCGUCAAGGACGGAGACCGGUGCGCGCUGAUGUUGCUCAAGUCCGGUGCCGGGGCGAACAAGACGACGGACGACGGGCAGACGCCGGUGCACGUGGCGGCCAAGUACGGGAACGUGCUGACGAUGGACCAACUGCUGGAGGAUAACGGCGAUCCGUUGGUCAAGUCGAAAAUUGGUGAGACUCCACUGCACCUGGGUACGCGGAACUGUCAUCCGGAGAUUGUGCGACAUCUGAUAGACUUUGUGCUGGAGAAGCAUGGCAAGGAGGUUCUGCGCAACUAUCUGAACUUUACGAACGAAGACGGGGCGACGGCGAUGCACUACGCGUGUCAGAUCACAAAGGACCAGGUGAAGACGCCGAACGCGGACCGAGAAAUCGUGAAGAUGCUGCUGGAGAACGGUGCCGACGUGACACUGUCGACGAGGUCCACCCUGGAAACAUGUUUUCACGUGGUGUCCGUGGUUGGCAACAACGAUGUCCUGUCGGAGAUGAUAGCCCACCUUUCGACUACGGAUAUCCAGAAAGCGAUGAAUCGGCAGUCAUCGGUUGGGUGGACAGCGUUGUUGAUCGCGUGUAACCGAGGUCAUAUGGAUCUGGUCAAUACACUGCUGGCCAACCACGCUAGGGUGGAUGUGUUCGAUAACGAGGGACGCUCGGCGUUGCACCUGGCCGCGGAGCACGGCUACCUACAAGUCUGUGAUGCACUCAUUACCAAUAAGGCGUUUAUUAAUUCUAAAUCACGUAACGGCCGAACGGCGCUCCAUCUGGCCGCGAUGAACGGGUACACGGAGCUGGUCAAGUUCCUCAUUCGAGAUCACGCCGCCGUCGUAGACAUUCUGACGCUGCGAAAGCAAACCCCACUUCAUUUGGCCGCGGCCAGUGGCCAGAUGAACGUAUGUAAACUACUUCUAGAACUUGGUGCCAAUAUCGACGCGACGGAUGACGUUGGCCAGAAGCCGAUACACGUGGCCGCCCAAAACAAUUACUCCGAAGUUGCCAAAUUAUUCCUCCAGCAGCACCCGAACUUGGUGAUGGCCACCAGCAAGGACGGCAAUACCUGCGCCCACAUUGCCGCGAUGCAGGGCUCCGUCAAGGUGAUAGAGGAGCUGAUGAAAUUCGAUCGGAACGGUGUCAUCUCCACGAGAAACAAGCUGACCGACUCGACGCCCCUUCAACUUGCUGCCGAGGGUGGCCACGCCGACGUCGUGAAGGUCCUUGUCCGUGCCGGGGGAUCCUGUACCGACGAAAACAAGUCAGGCUUCACCGCCGUCCACAUGGCGGCAAAAAACGGCCACGGCCAGGUGCUGGAGGUGAUGCGGAGCACUAAUUCGCUAAGGGUGUCCAGUAAAAAAUUGGGUUUAACGCCGUUGCACGUUGCCGCUUACUACGGUCAGGCCGACACCGUGAGAGAGCUGCUCAUAAACGUUCCCGCAACGGUUAAAUCUGAUUCUCCAUCUGGCACAUCAUUAGUACCCGAAUUAGGGAACGAGUCCGGGCUGACUCCGCUGCAUCUGGCGGCGUACUCCGGCAACGAGAACGUCGUCCGAUUGCUGCUCAACUCCGCCGGUGUUCAGGUCGACGCUGCGACGACCGAAAACGGUUACAAUCCCCUGCAUUUAGCAUGCUUCGGUGGCCACGUGCCAAUUGUGGGCCUGCUGCUGAGUCGAUCGGCCGAACUGCUGCACAGCGUGGACCGGCACGGUAAGACCGGCCUUCACAUCGCUGCUAUGCACGGCCAUUACCAGAUGGUGGAGGUGCUGCUCGGCCAGGGUUCGGAGAUCAACGCCUCCGACAAGAACGGCUGGACGCCGCUGCACUGCACUGCCAAAGCCGGCCAUCUGGAUGUCGUGAAGCUGCUGGUGGAAGCCGGCGGUUCGCCCAAGUCCGAAACCAACUACGGCUGUGCGCCGAUCUGGUUCGCGGCAGCCGAGGGCCACAACGACGUGCUCCGCUAUCUGAUGCACCGGGAGCACGACACCUACGCACUCAUGGAGGACAAACGGUUCGUGUACAAUCUGAUGAUCGUGUCGAAAAAUCACAACAACAAGCCGAUCGAGGAGUUUGUUCUGGUUUCACCCGCCCCCGUCGAUACUGCCGCAAAGUUGUCAAACAUUUUUAUAGUAUUAUCCACUAAGGAAAAGGAACGAGCCAAAGAUCUGAUCUCUGCGGGCAAGCAGUGCGAAACGAUGGCUACCGAGCUGCUGGCGCUGGCCGCAGGUGCAGACUCGGCAGGUCGUAUUCUAACUGCCACAGAUCGGCGCAACAUGGAGUUCCUGGACGUGCUGAUCGAGAACGAGCAGAAGGAGGUGAUUGCCCACACGGUGGUCCAAAGAUAUCUGCAGGAACUCUGGCGCGGCACGCUCAACUGGACGGCGUGGCGAAUAAUGCUGCUGUUUGUGGGCUUUAUCGUGUGCCCCCCGGUGUGGAUCAUCUUCACGUUGCCCCUGGGCCACAACUACUACAAGGUGCCGAUCAUCAAGUUCAUGUCCUACCUGACCUCGCACAUCUACCUAAUGAUCCAUCUGAUGAUCGUGGGCAUCACUCCAAUCUACCCGGUGGUCCGGGCCAGCCUCCUGCCGUACUGGUACGAGUGGGGUCUGCUGGUGUGGCUCAGCGGGUUGCUCCUGUUCGAGCUGACAAAUCCGAGUGACAAGUCCGGUCUCGGAAGUAUCAAGGUGCUGGUGUUGCUGUUCGGCGUGAUCGGCGUCGGGGUGCACGUGUCCGGCAUGCUGUACGUCCAAAAGACGUACUGGCCAACGCUGCUGUACUGCCGGAAUCAGCUGUUUGCGCUGUCUUUCCUACUGGCUUGCGUCCAGAUUCUGGACUUUCUCUCCUUCCAUCAUCUGUUCGGGCCGUGGGCCAUCAUCAUCGGGGAUCUGCUGAAGGAUCUGGCCCGGUUUCUUGCCGUGCUGGCCAUCUUCGUGUUUGGCUUCUCGAUGCACAUCGUGGCCCUCAAUCAGUCCUUUCACAAUCUCAGCCAGGACGAGGUGCGGCGGUUACCACUGGCUACGAGGAACAAGGAGGUGUUCAGUGAUGUGCGCAUGAAUCCGAUUCUGUCCUUUGAGCUGCUCUUUUUCGCUGUAUUUGGUCAAACCACCACCGAUCAAACACAAAUUGAUAAAAUGACACCGAAUACGCAACGAACGCAACCGUAUUGGACCGAGUACUUGUUCAAAAUUGUCUUCGGCAUCUACAUGUUGGUAUCAGUUGUUGUACUUAUCAAUCUGCUCAUUGCUAUGAUGUCAGAUACAUACCAGAGAAUUCAGGCACAAUCGGACAUCGAGUGGAAGUACGGUCUGUCGAAGCUGAUCAGGAACAUGCACCGGACGUCAACGGCGCCGUCGCCGAUGAACCUGGUGACGACGUGGUUCGUGUGGAUAGUGGAAAAGAUAAGGGCCAAGCUGGUGAAAAAGAAGCGACCGUCGCUGGUGCAGAUGAUGAACCUCCACCGGGGCCAGCAAAGUCCCCGCUCGAAAGCCGGUGCGAAAUGGUUGUCGAAAGUGAAGAAAGGUCAGGUGGCUCCAAAAGAUUCUACCGCCAUGUCCGCUAUGCACCUGUCUCCUCUCGGCUCGCAAGUCAGUUUCGCCACUGUCAAUACGACCCGGAUCGAGAACGUCGCCGACUGGGUGGAAAUCUCCAAGAAGUACCGGGCGCUGGUCGGAAUCGACUCCGAGGACGGCGGCUCGAUGAAGGACUCCGAAGGGGACAACCACUCGAUCGUGGCCGGGUCGCAGGUCAACGUGCAGGCCGGUGGCGGGGGCCAGAUGGGCAACAACGUGAACGCCAACCAGGUCUAGGCAGGCCAUGAGUUUGCAGGCUAGGGUCACCCACAGUAGGAACUCGAGAGUUUGACAUUUUAUGGUUGUGUAAGCGAAGCGAACUGUCAAACUAGCGGGGUCUUGCGGCAUUUUCUACCUGAUCGUGGCGGAUGGUUUUGAAGCAUUUUUGACAGUUUGCUUACACUGAACUGUCAGAAAAUGCUCAAAAUUACCUGCUACGCAGAGGUACCUCAAAGCAUCAAUCAUUCGAAAAUCAUGUAAAAACAUUUGUAAAUAAAACUCCAAAGUUUCGUUUCAUUAAUCUCGCGCAACUAGCGUUAGGUCGAACUUUUCGGACUCAGAGCAGGAGAGUAAAUGUCAAUUCUGUGACGAAAUUAUCUUGUCACCAGGGCAGACAGACAGGGGAAUUGUAGAAAAUCGUGUCGUUUUUUGGAUGCUGUUUCUAAAUUGAGUAGGCUAGUUAGAUGCAAAUUAAAGCAAAAUCGAAAACGCUUUCCGCUCUCUUGGGAGCGCGUUGUUCACAGCUAGGCAAAUUGGAACAAAUUAAUUUAGAGUGCGUAUUUUUCUUUGUAAAUAUACAGCGAAGCGUGAGGUUGGCUCGUGGGAGAAAUUUGUAAAAAGAAAAACCUUUGUACAUUUGGAAGAUCAAGAUGAAAAUAAUAUAUUUUACAAUGAUGAAAACAUUUAAA